AUGAUGGAGUUCUGGUUGAUCUCAGUUCCUCUGGAUAAAGUCAGCUGUCAGUCUUUAGAGAAACUCAAACAGGUGGAAGACAAAACAGGUCUGACCACAAGCACCAGAGUCCACAUCCCAGAGCUGAAGGUAGGAACAUUGGAUGUGUUAGUGGGUCUUUCUGAUGAUUUGUCCAGUCUGGACUCAUACACAGAGAGUGUCCUGCAUCAGACCUCACAGUGUUUGUGUGACGUGAUGAAAGAGGUCGGUGGGAAACUGUUGGAGAGCAUUUUAACAAACACAGAAUACAAAACUCAUCAGAAAGAUAAACACUCACCUUUGAAAUCCUACUUUCAGACGAUACAGGUCGACUUGGCAGCAUAUCUAACCAAGUUUCAAUGGGACAGAGCCAAAUAUCCUCCUGCACAUCCUUUAAAGACCCUCACUGACAUCAUCUCUAAACAAGUGUCUCAGGUGAACACAGAGCUGAAGUCACGCAAAGCUGCUUACAAUAAUGUGAAGUCCAAUAUUCAAAGCAUUGAGCUGAAAACUGAGGGAUCUCUACAGACGCGUGGGUUGAGUGACAUUGUGAAAAAGGAGGACCUGGUUUUAAAUUCAGAGUAUCUCACAACACUGCUGGUUGUGGUGUCCAGGACGUCAUAUGGACUAUGGGAGAGGAGCUAUGAAUCCAUGUCAAAGUUUGUUGUUCCUCGAUCCAGCCGGAAGUUGGCUGAAGAUAAAGACGCAGGGAUUUUCACAGUAACGCUCUUUAAGAAUUCAGUCAAUGAAUUUAAUGCCAAUGCCAAAAAUCACAAGUUUACGGUAAGGAAAUACAACCUGGAUGAGGCCGAGAAGCAAAAGCUGGAAAUGAGCCGUCUCACUGUGGACCGGAAGGAAUUGUGUAGGACUUUUGUACGCUGGCUGAAGGUGAACUUCAGUGAGAUCUUUGUGGCCUGGAUUCACGUCAAGGUUCUCCGUACAUUUGUUGAGUCAGUCCUCAGAUACGGCCUACCGGUGGGUUUCCAGUCAGUUUUACUGCAGCCCAAUAAGAAGAACAUGAAGCAGCUUAGAAAGCAACUCAACUCUUUAUUUAAACAUCUCGAUCCCGCGGCGACUGCUAAAGGAGAUGUGGGGUUUGAUAUCCCAGAUGUGAGCUCUGGACAACAGGAAUAUUAUUCCUACAUCUGUUACCCCAUCAAAAUUAAAAUGAUGGAGCCAAGCUAG